CUCUAAGAAAAAAAAUCUAAAUAUAAAAUAUAAUUAAUUAGUAAUAUUUUUUAAUUGAUAUCAUUUAUAUAAAUAGUAUAUUGUGUAACAUAUUCAUUCCUGUAGUUGUUUAUAUACAUAGCAGGCUGAUAUUUAAAUGUCAAAGCAAAAAAAGGAAAGGAGGUCAAGAACUGUAUUAAAGUAUAAGAAUGUUUAGAUGAUUUAUUUGUACAUAUAUGAAGAAUCACUUUAUAGUAGAAUUAUGCCAACAAAUUAUCCAUAUGAGUAUCAAAUAUGUUUAGACAUGGAACAAAUUGGAGAACCACGCCAGUCCCUGGAAGGGUUUAAACCACUAACAAUUAUAAUGGAAGUUAUUGGAACAACCCUGGUAAUUCUGGUUGCAAUUUGGUGUGGUAGUUAUAGAGGUGGUUUCUCUUGGAGAUCUAAUCCAUCAUUAGAAUUCAAUUGGCAUCCUUUGUUAAUGACUAUUGGAUUUGUUUUCUUAUAUGCCAAUGGUAUGUUAAUAUAUAGAACCCAAAGAAAUACCAGGAAAAGGCGACUAAAACUGGUUCAUGGUGGUAUAAUGUUAUUCACUGUUGUAUUAGUAGUGAUUGCUCUUGUGGCUGUGUUUGAUAGUCAUAAUUUAAAUGCAGAGCCAAUUCCUAAUAUGUACAGUCUCCAUAGCUGGGUUGGACUUACCAGUGUUAUUUUAUUUUGCUGCCAGUGGCUUGCCGGAUUUUUGUCCUUCUUUUACCCAGGCUUACAACUUCCAUUAAGAACCUCUUACAUGCCUAUUCAUGUAUACUUUGGUAUUGCUGGAUUUGUUGGUGUAAUUGCUUCCUGUCUUCUAGGACUUAAUGAAAAAGCAAUUUUUUCUUUGAAAGGCAAUUACUCAAAACUUGUUGAUGAAGCAGUAUUAAUUAAUGUGAUUGGACUCCUGUUAGUUCUUUUUGGAGGAGUAUCAGUCUAUCUUGUAACACAGGAACGCUAUAAACGUUAUCCUAGACCUGAAGAUGAAUCAUUAGUCGCUGGUAACAGUCAGUAAAUGUCAGAAAAUACUGUUAGUUUUCUGUAAAGCUAAGUGCAGCUUGCGUUUGAAUACUAUGUGUACAAUUUUUUAAUUUGUAAAACAUAGUUCAAAUCUGGUCCUUUUAUUAAUUAUGGCGCUAUGGUUGAUAUUUUAUUUGAAAUAAGAACCUUACCAAUUCUUGGUAAUAUUAAGGAUCUCAUAUUUUUUAAUAUUAAUAUUGUUUUUACUUUAACUGUUUUCAUAAUAAACUUUAAAUACUACAAUUAUAAAACUGGGCUAUAUAUGAUUGUAGCAUAUAAAAUGUUAAUAAUAUUAUCUUA